AUGUCUUUCGAUACCUUCCUGAAGUUAAAUGCUCUGGGUUUUUUCUGUCAGGUUGUCCGGGGACAUUAUAAAGGCCAGCAAAUCGGCAAGGUAGUCCAGGUAUACAGAAAAAAAUACGUCAUCUACAUUGAACGCGUACAGCGUGAGAAGGCCAACGGCACGACAGUCCAUGUUGGAAUCCAUCCUAGCAAGGUGGUGAUCACUAGGCUAAAAUUGGACAAGGAUCGCAAAAAGAUCUUGGAACGCAAAGCAAAGUCUCGCCAGGUCGGCAAGGAGAAGGGCAAAUACAAGGAAGAAACCAUUGAAAAGAUGCAAGAAUAGAAUGGUCUCCUGUGUGUCACCCAUUAAAAGAACUGCUAAAAUGAAA